UAAUGUCUUUCCUACACCUUGUGUGAUCAAUUAUCCAACCGGAGUGAUUAGGGCGGUUAGAGAUGCACAAGAAUUCGUUUCACGAAUUUCAUAUUAACAAUGCUUACUUGAACAAGAUGUGUUGCAAUGAAUCUCAUGUUUGUUCUAUGGAGCCACAUUUCUCCCCUUGUGCUCUGCAGGAGAGCAGUUUUACGUGGAGACAACAUGCUGAAGAAAAUUCAUCAAAAUAUUAUGAAGGCCAUAUGUGGAACUUUCAAAAACUCUCUCAACAUCCCUAUUCAUCCUCUGCUGGUGUCAGCCACUCCGCGAAUGAAACGACAAAAUCCUUGGACCGGGCGAAUGCAACGGAAAGAGACGAGGGGUGCAAGCUGUCAACUUCCUGCUUUUCAACCAAGAAGUACCCUUGGAUGAGAGAGACACAUACACCUAUAAGCUUCAGCUCCAUUAACGUCGUGGAAUCAGGUGAUUCCAGGUACAGCAGUGGUGAUGUACAGGAUAGCGGCUGUUCUAAUAGUAAACGGGCACGUGCAGCAUUCACCUCCUCCCAGCUGCUCGAGCUGGAGAAGGAGUUUCACUUCAGCGCUUACCUGUGCCGCAACCGGAGACUUGAAAUGGCUGUGCUGCUGAAGCUCACUGACCGCCAGAUUAAAAUCUGGUUCCAAAACCGUCGUAUGAAGUAUAAGAAAGAUCACAAAGAAAAGUCAAUGGCAAAGUCCUCUUACUCCUACCUGGAAACAGGUAACCAGCCCUUUGUGAUUAGUGGCACCACAGUGGAUCCUCCAGUGCCAUUAAAAUUCCAAUACCACUAUGAGAGACCAUCAAUGUCUGGUAUGAACUGUGCCCAGAACCACUGGUGAAACUACAGGAAGUCCAACAACCAGGUUCUCCAACACAAAAUCACAAUUCACAUCAAUGGUGGAAAUGACUGAAUCCUCUUGGAUAUGUGAAAUGCAAAUUCUUCACAAAAUAUGUACCUGUUCUGUCACUGACCAGUUAUUUCCCGCAUUAUAACUCUCUCUGACAUGAUUCAUAUUUAAGGACAUUGAAGAUUUAUUGCCCCUACAUGACGAUUUAUAUGAAAAUUUAAGUUCAAUAGCCAAGUUCGCUCUGAACCAGAUUACAUGUUAUCAGCUAGUACAUGGUAAAUCAGAGUUAGUCUCCACUGUGCAUAAACUGCUGUAGUAAUAUCUUUGCAAAGCGCCAAGAUUUAUUGCGCACAGAUCCAGGCUCACUUGUACAAGUUUAUCUCUUGGGCACAGAAAAUACAAUUUAAAAAGGGCAUUCAAGACUUUGAAUGGUCAUUAACAUCCGCUCAACUUUUGUAAGUGCACAACAUAUUUUUAUUGCUCCCAAAAUGAUAUGCUAUUUUUCCCAUGGCAUGUGCUGACACUCCUAACUUGGAAUGUUGUUGAUUAUAAUGGCCAGAAAUGUUCAAACAUUCAACCCAUGUUGAAUAAUGAUGUGUUCUCCUAUUGACUGAGUUUGACUUUACGCAAAGUUUUGUUUUCCUGUUUAUACUGAAAGUACUGUUCAUUUGAAUCUGAAUUCAUGGUGUUUUGACUGACAAAUGAAUAAAGCAAUAACACAGGAAACAAAACACUGUCACAAUGCUACGUCAUUGUCAGAAUUCUUGCUUUGAUAAUGUUUUGAUUUGAUUUUUGAAAGUGUGAACAUGCCAGAGUUGCAAUGCAAAAUAUGUUCAUAAUUCUAGUUCUUACCACUUUUAGUGUACUUCAGUCAUAUCUGAUUAAAAGCAUGCUUUUUGA